AUAGUCAGAUGUGCGAUCGAAAGGCGAUUGUGCAACUCUUACUGUACUACUAAGUUUAUCGCGUUCAUACUCUCAAGCUGGGUGCUGAUACCAAAAUGGUCUUCCCCAAAGAUAUCGCCGAUGUGCUUGUAGGAGUAUGGGUACUACUCAAUCAAACUAGAACCGAUCUCAACGGCGUGCCUAAAGAGGUUAUCCCUUACCUAGGACUCAUUACCUAUCACGCCGACGGCUACAUGUCCGCAAAUCUCGCAUCGACUGAACCGCAGAAACGACCGGCAAACUUGACCUAUCCCGCCGAAGACGGCCAAUCAGAUAGCGACUGGGCGCUAGUUGGAAGGAACACUUUGGCUUAUGCUGGGAAUUGUAGUGUUGAGCCGUGGUCCACAACAACCAACGGUACAUUAAUACAUGGCCCUCUUCUAGUUGCUGACGUGCCGAGCUGGCAGGGGACGAAUCAGACUCGAAACUAUCAAGUAACGCAAGAGGGUGAGAAGACAGUUCUGCGUCUGUGGAUACACAGGGAAGGAUCCGACACAAUUGGUAACCUCUAUUGGGCCAAAAUCGUGAUUUAG